UUAACAGACAUCAAUUAGUAGUGUUGAAUGUUAAAUAACGAACAGAACGUUACGGAAAAGCGAUAAAUUUGAAUACAAUAUAAUAUCGUUAAAAAAAUUAAGGAUAUUUCAUUAAAAUGGUUGGUACCUCCAAUGGAAAACGGGUCUUUCACCAGUAUAAACCCACCAUUUGUUAUAAUAAACCUCCUUCGGCACAUGUGAAUCCUGCAGAGUACGAAAGUAGACGGUGUGAAGCGCUAGCUGGCGAUAUCAUAGAAACAUUAAUGGUACCAAAACGCACUGCACGCACUUGGACAAUGCAAGCAGGUGAUUUGUGCCGCAUUAGUAUUUGCGAGGGCUCUCAAGUUGGUGAUAUGAAUUUCUGGAAUUUGGACAACAUCAAGGAGCGCUUUUAUUCGGGCAAAACGCGUCAAUUGCACAGUACACACUUGAAGGUUUACGAUCGUUUGUGGAGUAAUUUACCUUAUUUACGUCCGAUGGCUACCUUUGUCUAUGACUCUCUAGCUGCUUAUGGCAUAGAUGAUGAUGGUGGUGCUUUGCAUGAUGUCGUUGGUACGCGUUGUGAUGACUACACUUACAAAUUGAUAACGGGCAAAGAUCGCAUUGGUAGUUGCCAUAGUUCGUUGACAAAAGCUGUGGUGGAGGAGCGUGGUAUGAGUGAACAAGAUGUACAUGAUGUGUGGAAUAUUUUCAUGUGUACUGGUUUCACAAGAGACACUCAACAAUAUUUCUGCAAACCUAGUCCAGCUCGUAAAGGUGAUUAUAUUGAAUUUAUUGCCGAAAUUAAUUUGUUGGUGGCAUUGAGCGCUUGUCCACAAGGUGACGUUUCCAUAACUGUAGGUGAUGAAGUGCCCGACGAAGUUUGUCAUCCACUAAGCGUCGAAGUUUUCCGCAAAAAAUGAUAUGGUUAUUCAAAUUGGAAAGUUUUAACAUUAAAAUAUAUAUACACACAUAAAUAAUAUAUCAAUAUGUAUAUGUAGUAAAUAUUUGAUUCAAAUGACUAUUUAUUUAAUGUUGGAAAAUUAUAUGCGGUUUAUGGAUUACUUAUAUGUAAGCAAAGGUAUAUUGAUUGAAAUAAAUCUUUGAAUAAUUGUUUAUAAA